AUUCCUGCGCAACAAAAGCCAUGUGAAGGUGUCGUGUUUGACUGCCAAAAAAUGUGUGCCUGUUAGCUACAUUCGUGCGGAGCUGCACAAGGAAGUUCGCCACACUAUGCGUGUGCAAGUCUCAAGCACCUGUCGAAGUGUUGUGCUACUGCAGAGCUGCAACCUACUUGAGCCAGAUGACACUUUCUCUAUUGUAGGUGCAGACAAAUUAAGUGGCCAAGGAAAUUGUGUCUGCAUCUCCCCAGGCUCCAUGUAUGACAUUGUCCUCUCCUGCACAGUCAGGAGCACUGGUGUGAAGAGGACCGGCAUAGUGUUCAAAUUUUGUGAAGAAUAUGGCUUGCAGAAAAAGCCUUUUGUGAUAGUUCGCUUCUUCGAACUUGCCUGCCGUGAUGACCCUAGCGAGAACAGUGUACUGGAGCCGCAGAUACCGUAUGAAUACAAGCUGCCGGUGCCUAGGCUUCCUGAUGCACAACACAUCAUUCCUGUUCAGUGUAAUGGAAGGAACAGGUUCAGAGAUGAAUACAAAGUUCCUGCACUAUUCGAAAAAUUCCACAAGUAUGGUUUGAAGCCUUGGAACAACAUCACAGAUCAACAGCUGGCACAGCUCAAAGAAACACUGAAACAUCUAGAUGAACCAUUGUCUAAAGAAAGUUAUUAUAAGUAUUUUACAACACUUCUCUACCUUGAAGAAGUUCAAAUGAGUGUUGACAUCCGGACAUAUGACAUGAUUGACGUCUUGGUGCAACAAUGUGGCUCUGGACUGUUUGCCUUAGAGGUACCUGGUGCAACAGAAGGACGCCCCUCAGUUAUUAAAGGAAACAGGUUGUUUAUUCGUUGCUCUUCAAGGAUAACCUUGCUUCAUACUGCUUCAGUGACCGAGUAUGAAGCAAUUGUCCACAAAACAGAUGGCAUGCACAUUACGGUCAGGGUCAGUGAAAAGUUCCAGCUCGUUUACGUCAAAGGAAUGAAGUUUGACAUCCGCUUUACAUUCAAUCGAAUACCGUUAAUGCGGAUGCAUCAGUCUCUUGAUACAUGCAAGAAACGAAGCCUCUGGAGUUUCAUUUUUCCCAGCAGCUCUUUACCAUCAAAACCUGCACUGGAACUGUCUGAUCUGAGGUUUUUCAACAAGAAGGUACAAGAGAAUCGAGAGCAGUCCAAAGCUGUCCGUGAUAUGUUGUUAGGUUUGCAUCGCCCUUAUCCGUACCUUCUGUUCGGUCCUCCUGGUACAGGGAAGACAGUCACUCUAGUAGAAGCAAUUAAACAGAUAUGCACGCUGAUCCCAUCCAGUCGUAUUCUGAUCACUGCUCCCUCAAACAGUGCAAGUGAUUUGUUAGCUGAGCGGCUUUUGGAUCACGUGAUGCCAUCACAAAUGCUUCGAUUGUACUCUUCUUCUGUCCACCCUGAGAAAAUUUCGAAGAAACUAAAGAAGUGCUGCAAUUUUUUGGACGGUGAAAGUGAACGUCAUUACACUGCUUCAGAGUUGAAAAAGUACAGGAUCAUUGUGGUCACUCUGGUCACUUCGUCAAAGUUGGUCUCGGCAGGCUUGCCUGUCAACCAUUUCACCCAUGUGAUUGUGGAUGAGGCUGGCCAUGCUUUGGAGCCCGAGUGUGACAUCCCUCUGAUGGGUCUGCUGGAUGCUUGGAAGCCUGACAAGAGUGGUACAGGGGGACACAUUAUUCUGUCCGGGGACCCUAUGCAACUGGGUCCAGUCAUCCGAAAUCAUCUCUGCUUAUCUUACAACCUGGGUGUGUCCCUACUGGAGCGACUUAUUAAAUUGCCUUCAUACCAGCAGAAUGAUGAGCACAAUGCACACAUGGUCACGAAACUGCUCAGAAACUUUCGAAGCCAUGCAGACAUCUUAAAAGUUCCAAAUGAGAUGUUUUACAAUACUGAACUGAAGGUGUUUGCAGAUGAGAUGAUUACCCAAAGCAUGUUGACAUGGGAAGGACUGCCCACAAAGGGUGUGCCACUUCUUUUUCAUGGUGUUUGUGGAAAAGACAUGAGGGAGUGUAACAACCCCUCAUAUUUCAACCCUGAUGAGGUCAGGAUUGUGGUGGACUAUGUGAUUUCCCUGCUGGAUGGUAAAAAUGGAGUGCGAACCAAGGUUCGCGAGUCUGACAUUGGAAUUGUUUCUCCCUACCGCAAGCAGGUGCUAAAGAUCCGGAGCUUGCUUGAGAAACGAGGGCACAAGGAAGUUAGUGUAGGUUCCACAGAGGAAUUUCAAGGCCAGGAACGUUUGGUGAUCAUCGUAACAACUGUGCGAAGCAACCGUAACCUUGUCCAAGGCGAUGUGCGCCACAACCUUGGAUUUCUGCAAAACCCAAAGAGGUUCAAUGUGGCCAUGACCAGGGCAAAAGGUCUCAUGGUGAUAGUGGGAAACCCCUAUACUCUUAGUGAGGAUCCAUGUUGGAACAGAAUUCUGGAGUUGUGCAUCACCAAGAGAGCAUACAGGGGUGUGCCGUACAAACCAACUAAAUGCCGUGCAGAGGCUUCCAACAAUAUAUCCAAGUCGUCUCUUGAAGAAGUGCCUGAUGAAACUUGUGACAAGAUUGUGAUAUCUCAAAAGACACUGCAAGAAGAACCAAGGUGGAGGCAGGAACUGUGAUGCCAUCUGUGAUAAACAGCUUUUUUUU